CCUCGCACCACUUCCGACAAUUCCCCAUGUCAUAAUCAACCCUCAUUUCCCACCCGUCUUCCUCCUUCCGAACCCUCAUUUGGAAGUUUUUGGGGUAUGGGACUUGGUGUUUUUGGAGGUGUUAUUUGAUCCUUGUGCCUGACAGGGGAGCUUGCUCGUCCGGAAAACCACCCCCACUCCGUUCGGAGCCCGUGCUGCACAGAUAGGAUCUCUCCAUCGCAUUCAACUCAGACGGGUUCGGCAACAAUCGGCUCUGAAUAAAGUCCCUUCGCUUCAACGUCUCCUUUCUCAGUCCCUUCUCUUUUUCAAACUCUCAGCCUCAGCGGUUCCUGCCUGCUCUUCACUCCACUUUCCUAGGAUUUGAAAUCGGGUUCUUGGGUUCCGGAUCGAGCACACGAUAUGCUCGGGUCCCGGAGCCCUCGGUGAACAAGACGGACAGACAAGCGUGAGCGCCUGCCAAUCCAACAAUGCGCACCGACGGUAACGGCAGCAAUGGAGCUGCCAGUACCACCGCCGAGCAGCCUCAUGGCUUUCAUCUAAACGCUGCCCCGUCCGUUUCCCACGUGCCAGUCGGCGAUGCGCCGACUUCCGAUUUCACAACUCGUCUACAGAUACUCUCGACCAAGAUCCCUAGGUGGUACAUCGCUCCAUUCUGCGGAGCUAGCGCAGGUGUGGCUUCGGGAAUUGUGACCUGCCCUCUCGAUGUUAUCAAGACCAAGCUACAGGCCCAGGGUGGCUUUGCCCGACGGGGAGGACCGGAUAUGGAGGCAAAGAUGCUAUACCGGGGAAUGCUAGGUACAGGUAAAACGAUCUUCCGUGAGGAUGGAAUUCGUGGGCUCUAUCAGGGACUCGGUCCUAUGUUGUUGGGCUAUCUUCCGACUUGGGCGGUUUAUCUGGCGGUGUAUGACCGCUCCCGCGAAUAUUUCUAUGAACAUACCGACAGCUGGCUGCUAUCCCGCGCUUAUGCCUCCAUCGCUGCCGGAGCCUGCUCAACGAUUGUCACCAACCCCAUUUGGGUCAUCAAGACGAGACUCAUGUCGCAAAGCCUCAAGCAAAAUAGUGAGGGCGUCCGAGCCCCAUGGCAGUACUCCAGCACAUGGGAUGCCGCCCGCAAGAUGUAUCAGAUUGAAGGCAUUCGUUCUUUCUAUUCCGGCCUCACUCCUGCUCUAUUGGGAUUGACCCAUGUUGCCAUCCAAUUCCCUCUCUAUGAAUAUUUGAAGAUGGCAAUCACCGGCUAUGGGAUUGGAGAACAUCCGGAUACGGGAAGCUCUCACUGGCUCGGUAUUUCCCUUGCCACCUUCCUGAGCAAAAUUUGCGCGAGCACCGUCACGUACCCCCACGAAGUCCUGCGGACUCGACUACAGACGCAGCAGCGCACAUCGCCCCCGCCAUCACCGGAAGAAAUAUCCUUCAGAGGCGGCUUGAAACACCCUCAUGACCGCGGUCGGCCACCAAGUGUGUCUUCGUCCGAUGGCAUGCCCAAUCGCCCCCGCUACAACGGAGUCAUUCGCACAUGCCAGACCAUUCUCCGAGAAGAGGGAUGGCGUGCAUUCUACUCCGGGAUUGGGACCAACCUGUUCCGGGCUGUCCCGUCUGCCAUGACGACCAUGCUUACCUACGAGUACCUUCGCAAGCUGAUUCACGAUUAUCAGCACGAAGGCGAGCUGAAGCUCAAGCAAGCCGAAGCUCAGUCCGAGGGUGAACCGAUAUGAUUUGACGACCACAACCCGUCUCACACCUUUUUAGAAACUUUCUCCCGAUACCUCACCUCCAAGCCUCAUACCCUACCCUUGCACUUGGACAUAGUGCCUCUUUAUACGCCCGCCCUAUCCAACCCUUCUUUGUUCUAACCGGACUUGUAUAGACCUGGAUGCAUGGUACAACGCUUCCAGUUGGUGGCUUUCUUCAGCGAAUGGGCUUCGUUUCCCUCAUAGCAUUUCCAAAAACUCUUCUUUUUGUGUUUUGGUCUGAGGGUUCUCAGCAAUUUAUUAGAUGGCAGUCAGUCUUCUUUGCUAGAAGGCUUUAUGCAUGUGAAGCCUCCGCGGCCGAUACCUCGAAUCACAUGCCAGGGAAUUUGGCGUACCUUAUCUUUUUUUUUCCAAUCCCGGAAUAAAAGAUACCCCAAGAUCUCUGUAAUUGUUUCAGCGUAUUUGUUCUUUUCUAAACUCGUUUCUUGUAUCUCGCAUGGCUAUUGCAUGUCCUGUCUUUGUACAUACAUUACCAGAUCCCACUGUCUCGUUUUCUCUUUACGUGAAUCUAUGCUUGAGAACCAAGUAUCUCUCUCCUCCUGA